AUGGAGCCUGUGGAACCAGCCGCCGAUGCAGGUGAGAGACCGAGGCCGCUCCGGGUCCUGGAGUUCUUUGCUGGAAUCGGGGGGAUGCGCGCGGCGUGCGCGCUGAGUGGCCUGGAGGUCGCCAUCGUCGCGGCUUUCGAUGUGUCGGAACUUUGCGAAAAGGCAUACUGUCACAACUUCGGGAGCAAAGAUUGGCGCAAGAAGACGAUCGAGUGCCUCCGUCACCAGGAUCUCGAUGCGCUGGCCGCUGACGUCUGGUUGAUGAGCCCGCCUUGCCAGCCUUUCACGCGCUCGGGGAAGCGGAAAGACCACGAGGAUGACAGGUCCCGUGGGCUGCUCCACUUGGUCAGCCUGCUCCCGGAGAUGCAUCAUCCUCCGCGCCGAAUAUUGCUGGAGAACGUCAUCGGUUUCGAGCGUUCGGAAUGCCGCCGCCGUCUCGUGCAAGCGCUGGCAAGCUUGGGCUGGGAGCUGACUGAGUUUGCCCUGGACGCCGAGGACUUUGGCCUUCCCAACCGUCGUCCGCGCUACUAUGGCCUCUUCCGCUCUCCUAUGCGACUGAGCACGGAAGCGCCCGACGAAGGAGCGCCUGCACCGCCCCGCCUUCACUGGCGACUGGCAGCAGAAGCUGUACAGGACGAAGAGCCUGCUCUCUGCGGCAAGCCGUGGCCGCUUGAGCGGCCCGUGCCUUUGGGCCAUUUUCUGCAGGAUGCCAUGGCCCUCGCGAAAGAGGAGGCUUCCAUGGCUUGCUCUCUUGAAGUGGAUCCUGAAGUGAUGCGCACGCGCCAGCGGAAGGAUCAGCGCUACGACAUCCAUCUGCGAACGGACACCACCAGUGCUUGCCUCACGAAGGCCAACGGCCGACUGCCAUAUGGCCACUCUCCUCUGGUCUUGGUGAACGAGGAGGAUGCAGACACUUUGGAGCAGCGCCCAAAGCUGUCGAAUCAGGGCAACGGGCCUGGUGCCGCGACGGAUCAUGUCUGGAGGGAAGGUGUCCAUGUGCGAUACCUUUCUCCGGUGGAACAGCUACGCCUCAUGGGUUUUCCGGAGGACUACGCAUUUCCACCGAGUCUUUCGUUUAAGGACCGCUGCUCAUUGAUCGGAAACUCUCUCAAUGUGAAGAUUGUGGGGAAUCUGCUUCCGCUGCUGCUCAACCCGAGCGCAGGGGACAAAUCCGGAGGCGGUGAGAUGUCCGAAGAGGCAGCUGCGGUCGCAGCUGAUCGGGCCGCAGAUUUGGUGGCCAAG